UGGAGGCGAAACAUAUGGGCACGCUUCCCCCAUGCAGGAAUUUCCUCUUUCGAAACGGUCAUUUUCUUACGAACAGUGCGUUAACAAUUACGGCAUGUUCAUAUUUGCGGUAUUCUCUUUCUUUUGGCCCGACUGGCGAUGUUAAUCCGCCGCGGAGGUACAAAGCCGCAUGCGCAGGUGCCGGCACCUCGCGAGGGCCUGAAUGACCAUUUUGGCCACUGCGGGAAGGGGAAGAACGAGCCCCCAGUUGAUUAACUCUCCCGUUAAGGCAAGCGCCGAAGCGACCUACACCUUUGCUGAACUUUUUCGCGUGGCAAGUGACCGUUGGCCAAAAGGAUAUAUAUAUAUAAAAAAUUCCCUAAAAAGGUACGCAGCAAAUGCAGCAAAACAGAGCAGCGCGCAAGGAGUGAUGAAACCGUGAGUGGAGCAUGGCAAAAUAAGGGAAGUCGAGUCAGAGGCAACUUUCACAAAAUCGCCCCCCCGUUUCUUCUGUGUAGGUGCUUCCACUGAAGCAUCUUUUUUGGGGGCUACCAUUUGUGCUCGCCCCUGGGAGAGGAACACCCUAAUGAGCCCUCCAUAGUAACUUCCCAAUCCUGGCGUCUGGACCCUCGCCGCAAAUAAUGGAAACGAAAUCGGCGGAGAGAUACAUUUUCAAACCGAACUUCCUGGGGGAGGGGUCCUACGGAAAAGUGUACAAGGCGUACGACACCAUACUGAAAAAGGAAGUAGCCAUAAAAAAAAUGAAAAUUAACAAAAUAAGUAAUUACAUAGAUGAGUGUGGAAUUAACUUCGUGUUACUUAGAGAAAUAAAAAUAAUGAAAGAAAUAAAACACCAAAAUAUUAUGACCGCGUUAGAUUUGUACUGCGAAAAGGACUACAUCAAUUUGGUGAUGGAAAUUAUGGACUAUGACUUGGCAAAAAUUAUUAAUAGAAAAAUAUUACUAACAGAUAGCCAAAAAAAAUGCAUCCUUUUGCAGAUUCUGAAUGGCCUCAACGUAUUACAUAAGUAUUAUUUUAUGCAUCGAGAUUUAUCCCCUGCGAAUAUAUUCAUUAACAAAAAAGGGGAAGUGAAAAUCGCUGAUUUUGGGUUAUCCUCCAAAUAUGCAUUUGAUAUGUACGUAGAUUCGUAUGCAAAAGAUAAGCAUACUAAGAGGACGUUAAAUAUGACUAGCAAAGUUGUCACCCUAUGGUACAGGGCACCCGAAUUGCUAAUGGGAAGUAAUAAAUACAACUCCUCCGUUGACAUGUGGAGCUUUGGAUGCAUAUUUGCAGAACUUCUUUUACAGAAGGCUUUAUUUCCUGGAGAAAACGAAAUCGACCAGUUAGGGAAAAUCUUUUUUUUGUUGGGAACACCAAGUGAAGACAACUGGCCUGAGGCUCUUUACCUUCCCCUGUAUACAGAAUUUACAAAGGCCAAUAAGAAGGACUUUAAAAGCCUAUUUAAAAUUGACGAUGACGACUGCAUCGAUUUGUUAAUGUCUUUUCUGCGCCUGAAUUCGCAUGAGCGCAUCACCGCGGAGGACGCUCUGAAGCACAAGUACUUUUUCAGCGACCCCCUGCCCUGCGACGCGUCGCAGCUCCCGUUCAACGAGCUGUGA